AUGAAAGAUUUCCAAGAGCUUAUUCAUGAGUUAGAACUUCUUGAUCACCCUUUCUUUGGUCCUACUUUCACUUGGAGUAACAAGCAAAAAGAACUUUUUCUUGUUAGGAAGCUUGAUAGGGUUCUUAUUAAUUCCUACUGGGCUACUUCUUUUCCUCUCUCUUUUGUGGAAUUCCUUGCUCCUGGUUUAUCUGAUCACUGUAUGGUUAUUGUUAACCUUGUCAAAGAAUCUCCUUUUAAUAUACCUAAACCUUUCAAAUUUUUUAAUUUCUGGUCUACUCACCCUAGCUUCUUGAAUGUUGUGAGGAACUCUUGGCUCCAUAAUGCUUCUGGUAAUCCUAUAUCUGUCCUCUUUUCUAAGCUUAAAAGACUCAAAACUUCCCUUAAAGAGUUUAACAAUGAAAAUUUCAAAAAUCUCCAAACUCAAGUGAAAGUUAAAAGAACUGAUCUGGAAUUGCAACAACUCCGUACCUUAAAAGGUGAGGAUGGAAUCGAAAAGGAGAUUAUUAUUCAAGAUGAGCUGAAGAUUCUUGAAGAAGCUGAGAAUUUGUUUCUUAAACAAAAGGUAAAAAUUCAGUGGAUUAAAAAUGGUGAUAAGAACACUAAAUUCUUUCAUUCUAUUCUUGCUUUUAAGAACAAGAGAAACACCAUUCGUGUUCUGAUUGAUGAAAAUGGCAAUCGUUUGGAAUCUUUCGACGAUAUGGCUAAGGAAUUUACUUCCUGUUUCUCCAAUUUGCUUGGAUCUGUUGACAACAGAGUUAAAAAUACUGAUCCUUCUUCCCUUAAAGAGCUGUUGAAUUAUUCUCUUCCUUCUGAAGCUGCUUCUGCUCUGGUUAAGGAUAUUACUAAUAAAGAAAUUCAAGACGCCUUUUUCAGUCAAGGGAAUGAUAAAGCCCCUGGACCAGAUGGUUAUUCUCCCUGUUUCUUCAAAAAGGCCUGGUCUAUUGUGGGAGAAGACGUCUUGGCUGUAGUUAAGUAUUUUUUCCAUAACAACUACAUGAACUCUGGAUUUAAUUCCACUGUCAUUGCUCUUGUUCCCAAAGUUCAUAAUCCUCGAGUUGUUAAAGAUUUCAGACCUAUCUCGUGCUGCUCAGUUUUUUACAAAGCCAUUACUAAAAUUUUAGUUAAAAGAUUGUCUGAAUUUAUCCCUGAUAUUAUCUCUUUAAACCAGACUGCUUUCAUCAAGGGUAGGAGCAUUGUUGACAAUACCCUUCUCGCUCAAGAAUUGGUUAAAGGUUAUGGCAGGAAAUCUAUUUCUCCUAGAUGCUCCAUGAAGAUUGACCUUCAUAAGGCUUUCGACUCCCCUCAUUGGGAUUUUAUAUCCUCUAUUCUCAAAGCCCUCCAACUACCUCCUAGAUUUAUAGCUUGGAUUGAGACUUGUUUCACUCAAGCUAGGUAUUCCAUCUCUUUUAAUGGCUCUCUUAUUGGUUAUUUCAAGGGAGCUAGAGGUUUAAGGUAG